UGAUGACGUAGUUCACAAGAGUAAGUUUGAAAAACAAAAUAUUUUCAAGCUUUCUAUAAAUUCUCUCAAACCAACCAUGCUCUAGCGUUGAAAUGCCAGCAUUAGUCGUUUUCAACCGUCGAUGGAGGAUAGGAAGUGAUGAUUUAGUUGUUCCAAGCUUCGUUGAAUUCGUAGUUCGUUUGGCAUGGUUAGUGGUGAUAUCUAUUGUAUUUUCGCUACACAGAGAUGCAUUCGAUUGUGCAGGUGGACCUCUGCUACAUGUGUUUUACAUUGGAACACUGACCCUCAUCUCCAUCCAUGAAGUCCUACUUAUGAUCAUCAUGUACAUAAGCCUACAAGGCACCAUCAUAGACACGCGACCCAGGCAUCAUAUGCCUAAAAUGGUCUACACAAAAGCCCUGCUUCACUUGCCUGAGGUUGCCUGGAUUUGUAUGGGGACAUACUGGGCCUUUGAUGAUUCCGUAGACUGUGAUGUCGAUGUUACAAACACGGUGAAAGUUUUAGUGGUCACUGUAUGGGUGUGCUUGUUUCUUGAGCUUGUUGGAUUAAUUGUCGUGUUUGAUCCAUUUGGAGGCAACAGCCAUGUCGUGUCCAACCCAUCAACACCAAGAGAUUUAGAGGAGGGAGAUACAGAGACUGUAAUGCAUCAGGCUGGUUCCAGAUUCAAGAAAAUGUGGCAGAUGAGGUGCAAAUACCUGUGCUGCUGUUGUGUGGGAUGUGAUGAGCAUAGUCAGAAUGCAUUCAGUGAUGUAGGACAGUUAUUUGCAGAAUUCUUUAGUGAGGAGGUUGAUUUGACACCAACUGAUAUUGCAGCUGGAUUUAUACUUCUUAAAGAGGAACAAGACAGCCGACCAAAGACACUCAGAUCUAUAGCUCAGAGAAGUCAGCCUACAUCUACGUCUACUUCAAUUCCUCCUCAAGUCCCAGAGGGUGGGGCCACUUCCCAGAGGUUAGAAAAUAAUGGCAUAAAGCCUUGGAUGAAUAUACAAGCUUUAGCGCACUAUAUGAAAUUUGCCCAAGCUGCAUACGGCUGGCCAUUGUUUAUGUUUGGGCAUCUAGUGACUGGUCCAUGCAGGUUAUAUAAAGAGUGCAGAUAUAGUGAUAAAUACCUGAGAGUAAGAGAACCAAUUCAUGUUAGGUGGGAAAGAUGGAAAGAGAAUGUUGACGCAUUCUUUGCUCAAAAUCCUAACGAAAGGUGUUGUACAUGUCCUAGUCCUCCUGAACACAUUCGCAAUGACAACUUUUGCGCCUGCCACACAGCAGCCAUCUUGAAAACAAGCCAGGUUGACUAUGAGGAUAUAGUGUUCAUCAGUUUGCAUAAUAAGAUUUAUGAAAUUCCAUUCUUUGUGGCACUUGACCAUAAGGGACAAAGUGUUGUUGUUGCGAUACGUGGGACAUUGUCUCUACGGGAUGUCAUGACAGAUUUGACAGCAGAAUGUGACACUAUAGAGAUAGAUGGAGUUAGUGGUGCUCUUGGACACAAGGGCAUGAUACAGGCAGCUUGUUACGUCAAGCGAAAACUGGAACGUGACAGAAUCCUUGACAUUGCUUUCCAUAGAGGACAAGGUUAUAAGCUAGUGAUCACAGGACACAGUUUAGGGGCUGGUGCUGCAGCUAUCCUGUCUAUUCUGCUGAAACCCCAAUACCCAGAUCUCAUGUGUUAUGCUUACUCACCCCCUGGGGGUCUCCUUUGCCAGUCCACUGCAAAGUUUACCGAAGAUUUUGUAUGUUCUGUCGUAUUAAAUGAAGAUAUUGUGCCUAGACUAGGGAUUGUUACCAUGGAGAAACUCAAAGUAAAAGUGCUCAAGAUUAUAAAGGACUGUAACAAACCUAAGCAUAAAAUAAUGACAGGGGCUUGUACCAAUGUGAUAUGUGCUGUUACAAGAGACAACAGUGACGAUGGUAGCACAACUUCUCUACUGAGCAGUAGUAGCAGGGACUCACCUCGUUAUGACUCCAUAGUAACACACUUCCAGGAAUCUCUGCAGUCAGCCAUAGUGAACAGUGGUCAGUCCAGAGUCACAAACCAACGUCUCUGGCCCCCUGGAAAAAUCUUUUACAUAGAAGAGGCUGAUAAAAGCAGUUCAUGGUGCGGGACACCUAGCUACCUGCCACAUUGGGCAGAGAUGGAGGACUUUAGUGACAUCAUAGUUAGUCCCAGUAUGAUCAUGGACCACAUGCCAGAUGCUGUAUCUAAAGCCCUAGACAUUUUGGCUGAAAGAAACCAAAUGCCUUCAAU